AUGCUAGACCCUAUUGAACUUGGAGAUAUCGAGAGAGACAGCAAGUGCUUCAGCAUGAUUCUCAAUGGCCUCGCUCCAGAUAUAGGCUGCCCAUUGGCAAGUUUCCAUGAUUCUGGUACUAUUCCAGUGGUCAUUGAAGGACGAAAGAGGCGUGUCAGAACAGGAGCGAGUUCAGGCGCACAGGUUUUGGGAACUAUGGCUGGAAUCCCAUACAAUCUUACCUUUGAGAGACAUGUAAUAAUUUUCUAUGCCACAAUAAUGGUUCAGCCAUCCACGAUGAAGAACCUAUUCAUAUUUAUAGCCAUUAUAUCAAUCGCUCAAAGUUAUGCUGACGAUUCAUUAAUUGUGAACAUCAACCAAGGACCUGUGAAGGGCUAUAAGUUGUCAGGAUGGGAUUUAUUUGAAUUCCACGGCAUACCAUAUGCAACAGCUCCCACAGGAAAAGACCGUUUCAAGGUUGCUUUAGAUCCCCCAACAUGGACAGACACAUUUGAAGCUACAGAGACGAAUGUAAUAUGUCCGCAAAAUAGCAACUCCUUAAAAGGCGUAGUUGACCCAAAAGUUCGAGAAGAUUGCCUUAUAACCAAUUUGUAUGUGCCAGACACUAACAAUACGGAUUUACCAGUAGUUGUAUAUGUUCACGGGGGAGCGUAUCAAUAUGGAUUUUCCGACACAUUUUCGGCGAGAAAUGUGGUACAGACCAAAGAAAUCAUUGUUGUUACCUUUAAUUACCGAUUAGGAGUACAUGGUUUCUUGUGCCUUGGAACAGAAACUGCACCGGGUAAUGCUGGUAUGAAAGAUCAAGUAAAACUUCUACAAUGGGUACAGGAUAACAUUGCGUAUUUCGGAGGCAAUCCAUCUGAUGUCACUAUAUACGGCAGCAGCGCUGGGGCCCGAUCUGUAGAUCUUUUAUCAAUUUCUGAAAUGACGGAAGGAUUAUUUACCAAGAUGAUCGCAGAUAGUGGAAUAACCUUAGGUCCAUCCACAGUUCAAGUCGAUCCCACUAGAAGCGCAAAAACUUAUGCAAAAAUGCUAAAUUAUAGUGGCACUUAUGAUAUGAGUAGUUUGGAAGACUUCUACACAAAUGCUACUUACGAUACGUUGGUUUCUAUAGAUACAGCGAGACUAAUUGAUUUCCUGUUCUCACCGUGUAUUGAAAAUGAUAUUGGCCAAGAAAUGUUCCUUUCAGAAAGCCCGUAUCAAAUGUUGAAAAGUGGAAAUUAUCGCCAGAUCCCAGCCAUGUACAGUUUCUGCGAAUUUGAAGGUUCCUUCAGGCUGAGAGUAUUUGAACAAUGGAAAAAUAUUUUGAUUCAAAACUUAACAGACUUCUUACCACUCGACUUAGAAUUCUCUACUGACGAUGAACUAACUGACGUUCUCCAACAAGUCCAGGAUUAUUACUUCGGUGACGAAGAAGUUAUUAGCAACGAAAAUAUCUUACUGUAUAUCAACUACUUCACAGACACCAUGUAUGUGUAUCCCAUGUUGAGGGCAGUCAAGUUGCAUUUAGAGGCUGGACAUGAAAAUCUUUACUUAUACCAAUAUUCAUUCACAUCCAAUGAAUCCUCAGUGUUCCCAUAUAUAAACAAACGAGGAGCUUUCCAUACGGUGCAGUCAUUUGUCAUUUUGGACAAUAAGAAUGAAACUACUAUUUCGACUGAGCUUAAAAAUAUGAAGACAAUAAUGCGUGAUAUGUGGUACAAUUUCGUUACAACUGGAGUACCUGUUCUAGAAGGAUCGAGUGCUCAGGACUGGCCAGCGGCACAAUUAGACGAUAUUAAACUGAUGUCCUUUAACCAGACAAUUGAGUUGAAGACCCUGGAACACAGAUCACUCUUCUGGGAAGAUAUUUAUGACCAAUACUAUAAAGACCCAAUCCCUCCCACUACAGAUUGCGAAGAUGAAUAA